GUUUGCUCGCACCCUCUCUCUGCUUCCUCGCAACAAACGCGUCGUCGAAGUUUUCCUGCUCUACAUCCUCUUUUUGCGCUGUCGCCGUUGCCAGGAGCAUCGUGCACACACACUCCUUCACUACACUCCAGUGUCUCCGCGAGACUUUUGACUCAGAGCCAGACUCUCAUUUCGCUGCAGCCCCCACCGAUUCCGACAGACAGACUCCUCUUGUCGCAGAUAGACACCCUCUCAAAAGCCCAGAUCUCACUCUCUAAGCAGUACUUAGAGUUCCAACGACGACGUCGGUUUCGAUUUAUCGCUCAGCCGGUCUAGCGAUACUACAGCACUUCCAACGCCAGUUCACAGCUCGCAUCCAGUCUCUACUACGACAGUUUCGCGCGAUGUUCUCCAAAUCAUUCCUUACCGCAGCUGCGGCUUGCAGCCUGCUUGUUUCUUCCGUCAAUGCCCAUAUGGUCAUUGUCAGUCCUGUACCCUAUGGCGUGGACAGCCUCAACAACAGCCCUCUCGAACCAGAUGGAUCCGACUUUCCAUGCAAACAGCGAUCUGGCGUCUACGAUAUCAGCCAGGUGAACCAGAUCCCCGUUGGUGUACCACAAAAGCUUUCUUUCAAGGGAGGUGCUACCCACGGCGGUGGCUCCUGCCAGCUCUCAGUCACUCUCGACAAGAACCCCACCAAGGAUAGCAAGUGGAAGGUCAUUCACACCAUUCUUGGUGGCUGCCCGAAUUCGAAGGCCGGCAACGCCGAUGGUUCUCCAAACUAUGAGGGCAACCCAACCUUCGAAUACACCAUGCCAAAAGGCAUGCCAAACGGACAGUACACCAUGGCGUGGACGUGGUUCAACAAGAUCGGCAACCGAGAGAUGUACAUGAACUGCGCGCCAAUCGAAGUCUCUGGCGGUGCGGAUAACGACGAGGUUCUCAACACUCUUCCUGAUAUGUUCGUCGCAAACAUUGGCAAUGGCUGCACUACCGACGAGAGCCAGGACUUUGUCUUCCCACAAUGCGGACUGAAUGUUGAAACUGCACAGAACACUGCUCUUGGCAGCAAGACACAGGGCACAUGUGCCGCUGCGACUGGCGGCGCAGGUGGUGGCUCUGGAUACUCAGCUCCAGCUAGCUCUCCAGCUGCACCAACUGGAUAUGGCUCUGCUUCAAGCGCUGCCCCUGCCGCUCCAAGCUAUGGCUCAGGCUCUGGUUCCGGUGCUGGCUCCAGCCCUGCGCCUUCCGCACCAAGCUACGGCUCUGGCCCAUCCGCUGCUCCCAACGCACCUUCGUAUGGUGGAGCCUCUCAUGCUGCUCCUCAAGCACCUGCUCCUACAGGCUAUGGUAGCGGCAGUGCGAGCAGCGUCGAAGGCGGUGGUGCAGCAGGCGGCAUCGCCACCACAUACGAGGUCCACACUGCUACCGAAAUCAGGACUAUCACUGCCGACGGACCAGCACCAACUGGAUACACUCCGCCAGCCGGCCCAGGCGGCAACUCCGGAGGUAGCCCUCCAAGUUACGGCGGCUCCAACAAGGGCAAAGUCUCUUCCGACUCUGGCUCAUCGUCAGGCGGAUCGUCCGAGUCGUCCGACAACAGCACUUCGCCAUCGACAUCUUCCGGCGCCAUCGCUUGCACGACACAAGACGAAAUCAUCUGCAUGCCUGGCAACAAGUUUGGCAUUUGCGACAAUGGCUUCGCUGUGCCAAUGGCUCUUUCUCAGGGCACAGCAUGCUCCAAUGGCGUCGUUUCAAAGCGAAGCAAUUUCAGCCGCCACCUUCGCCAACACCUCAAACCCCACGGCUCCAAGUUCCGCUAGAUAUUCUCACGAGACCUUCACGACAUGUACAGCUGGCACGCACGCAUGUACUUCACAGGUUCUUGGGGAACGUUCGUUUUUGUGGUGGAGAAAUUUCAAAUGGUGUUGGGUGGAGGAUUCUUGGUUCGAGCAUUUGAGCAAGGCAAGGCGAUCGUUGCAUUUGCAUUUCGGAUUUGACGCGAUGAGGUUGUAGCUUUUAUCCACUUUCAUGAUGACGCUUUUGACGGAAUGAUACCAGCGGCUCUCUGGCAGGCUUGCACAAACAGGACAUUGGAAAUACAAAAAGGGCAUUGAGCACCAGAUUCAGCGCUACCACAGAGCCAUGACAGACGGCAUACAACUGUUCAUACAGUACUCACAAAGCAUUUGUUAUUGAC